CCCCAUGACACUCUUCGGGCCCGGCGAUUCUGAUUUGGCGAGAGAUCGACUGGCACUUUUCAAGAGAGGAACACCACACCUUAGCAAGCCGUCAUCUGCAAAACGGCCCAAGUCGACCACAGAAAAGAAAAAACACGGUAGUAAGUCGCCUUGGGAAGAUGUCAGCAAAGUCAGCGAACCCCAGCAAAUCACUGAGGAUGCCAUUUCCCCUGUUGGCCAUGAAGACGAAGAUGUCGACAUGGACACGGACCCUGACGAGGACCUGGCCCUGCACGAGGAUGCCGACAUCGCGGCGGCCGAACAGGAGGAUCGCGCGGGGGUCCCAUCGCGCCAGCCCCGAGAACCGAAGGAGACGGUGUCCGGUAGUCCCUCCCCGGUCCAAGGUCUCAUGGCCAGCCAUCCCAGCAAGCUGAAGCAGCGCCGGAGCCGGACCAACUUCACCGUGGAGCAGUUGGGGGAGCUUGAGAAACUCUUCGAUGAGACGCAUUACCCAGACGCGUUCAUGAGGGAGGAGUUGAGUCGCAAGCUGGGCCUCUCAGAGGCCAGAGUGCAGGUCUGGUUUCAGAACCGAAGAGCCAAAUGUCGUAAGCAGGAACACCUUGGAGGGAAAGGUACCCCCAUCGGAGCCAGUUCCAAUGUGGACACAUGCCGCGUGGCACCUUACCUCAGCAUGGGAUCACUGCGCAUGCCGUUCGACAGGGUGCAGGAGCAACUGCAGCUGAACUUGACCACGACCGUGACGGCUGCACCGUCAGUACCGCGCCCUCUGCCGUCCAUCUUCACCCACGCCCCGUCGCUGAUGAUGUUCCCACCGCCGGCCUACGCAUUCCCGCUGGCCACGCUGAUGAGCAGCAUGAUACGGCCGGGCGGCGGCUCCAAAACCUCCUCCAUCGCCGACCUAAGGAUGAAAGCGCGCCAACACGCGGCAGCCCUAGGCCUGCAUAGUUUCUUGUCUCAGUGAAUACGCAGAACGAUCGAUCACG